AUGGGUGUCAACCAUCAAUCCGAGAACCGUCAGUCCGAGAUUCCCGGUGUCCUUGAGCCACCGCCUGGCUCCAACCCUUUAUCAUGGGGUUUCUACGCAACACGCGAGAUUCAGGAGCCUACAGCGUUGCAAGUGGAGGGAAACAUACCGACCUGGCUGACUGGUUCUCUCUACCGUGGUGGUGCAGGUACUUGGGAUGUCGGCAACUAUACAGCCGAGCACUGGUUCGACGGCUUCAGUCGCAACCACAGGUUUGAAAUUGCCAACGGCACCGUGAAAUAUCGAAGCCGUAACUCCACGGACGAAAUGAUUAAUUUUGCCCGGGAGACGGGGCGUAUUCCUGAUGGCUCGUUUGGAUCGGAUCCUUGCAAAAUCAUCUAUGGGGCGAUGGAGACCACGUUCAGGGAUGGGAACAAUACACGCGGCGACCCAGACACUUGCAACAUCGGUGUGGUCUUCGUGCCGAACUUCGCUGGCCUCGAUCGCAAGACCACUAAUACCGGGGCACCUUUCGAUACAUUGGUCGUUGCAACGGAUGCCACCAAGCUUCAACAGAUCGAUCCCGUCACGCUAGAGCCCAUCGAAGUCUUCACCUACCAAGCUUCCAAUCCGCUACUGACCAAUGGUGGGCGAAGCGCGGCUCACCCCUACAUCGCACAUGACGGGGCCCUCUACAAUUAUCACCUCGACUUGACAGCCCAGCCUCCUGUCUAUAGAAUCUUCGGCAUCCAGCCGCCAAGUGGAGAAUGCAAGAUCCUUGCCACCAUCACCGACGCCCCAGCUGCCUACAUUCAUGCACUAUUUGGGACGGAGGAUCAUCUCAUACACGUUGUCUCGCAGGCUGACUAUGUCAAACCUGGAAAGACGAUAUUGGAUAGCAUUGGUCCGUGGCGGCCGGAGCGAAAAACGUUGUUCUAUGUCGUUGACCGCGUCAAGGGCGGAGUGGUGUCAAAGUACGAGUCAGAAGAAGCCUUUUUCGCAUUUCAUCAAAUCAACGCCUUUGAGAAUGAUGCUGGAGAUAUCUACGUCGACAUACCAGUCAUGGAGGAUACAACCUUCUUGAGCGCAGCCAAGGUCGCCAAUCUAAGAGCCAAUAUCGGGGCUCACGACGGCUCGUCAAAGAACGAUAUUCCUGCCACUUUUACUCGGUUCCGUCUUCCAUUCAAGGGAGAAGGCGCACGUGCUGCUGAUGGAUCCCUCGUCAAGCAUACUGCUGAGGUAGACUUCACACUGCCCUAUGCCCAAGCAAACAUUGAACUCCCGCGAAUCAACUGCAAGUUCCAUGGACGGCCUUACAGAUACACCUAUGGAAUCCACGUCCAAACGCCUGGUCACUUCAGCGACUCGAUUAUCAAAAUUGACACUGAAACCAAGGAAGUCAAGACAUGGUCCCCAUCUAUAAAACAUGUAGCGUCUGAGCCGAUUUUUGUGCCGACCCCAGGAGCCGAACGUGAGGACGACGGCGUCAUCCUGACUGUGGCUAUGGACUCUGCGCAGCGAGCUAGUUCUCUGGUGGUUAUUGACGCGACAACCAUGCAGGAGAUUGGGCGAGCUCGGAUGCCUAUCGUUAUGGGUUACGGAUUCCACGGCACGUGGGGCUCGGUUUGA